AUGAAAUUGCUCGCAUUUUUGCUCGCCUCGAUUGCAUUAGCUGCAGUCUAUAACUUAGAUGUAGCAUCAAACGCCAGAAUUAAUCCGGGAGGAUCGUCUAUUCUUGAAGUCACCUCAAAUCCGUCAACAGGAUACAUGUGGUAUUUUGUCCCAUCAAAUUCAGCUAAGAUAUCAGUGGAUGACCCAAGAGGAGCCUUUAUUGCUCCAGCGACAGAGCUUGCAGGAGCACCAGGGAAACAAAGAUUUACGAUCUCAUGCAGCCAACUCUGUGUAGAAGGUGACAUACUUGAAGUCAUUUUGGCUUUGCAGCGCCCAUGGGAACAAGCUCCGAUUGAUAUAAAGAAAGUUUCAGUUGAAGUAACUAAUGAUCAGUUAGAUUAA